AUGGUCGCACGUAUUGACGAGGGCACCUGCGCCACCGACGUCUCUGCUGCCGCAUGUUCCAAGGAACAGUUGUUUCCCAGUCUCAGAUGCAGCGUGCAGGGUCAGUCCGAUGACGACGUUCUUAAUCUUGCGACAAUGCCACGCAAUUUUCGCAAGUUUGACACAGAGGAUAAGGUCAGUAUGACGCUCGGCGAAUUCUUCAAGUCUCAGCCCCCGUCUUUCUGGGAAGAUGAGAUCGGCAAGCUGCCUGAGCGUUGUCGUCGAGCAGUGCAUAGUGAUGCUGCAUAUCUCUCAUAG